ACACAUCUCCAAAAUCCCUAGAAAAAAACCCUUCUCUUCUCUUCCUUUCUUCUCUCUCUCCUUCUCCUGAACCAAAAAAAACCAAAUCCAAAAUCCCCCUUCAAAAAGUCUCUCCGCCCACAUUUUUCUCAGAUCUCAAAGUGAAUACCCCAUUUUUGCAUUCGAGUGAGAGAGAGAGAGAGAUACAGAGGAGGAGCAAAAAGAGAGUGGCAUUUUGGAACUCAGAUGUCUCAUGUGAGAUGAAGAGGAAGACCCACUUCACCCUCUUCCACUUUGAUCUUUCACUCCUCAUUGUUCUCUUUCUUGGCGCAGCAUCGGUCUGUGCCUCUGUACGGGUCGACGUCAUCACCCCCAAUGGAGGCCUCACCGACGCCGAAGCCUUGUACAUCAGGCAGCGCCAGCUUCUGUACUACAGGGACGAGUUCGGCGACCGAGGUGAGAAAGUCACCGUAGACCCAUCUCUGGUUUUUGAAAACCCCAGAAUCAAGAAUGCUUAUAUUGCAUUGCAAGCUUGGAAGGAAGCUAUUCUCUCUGAUCCCUUGAAUCUUACCGGCAAUUGGGUUGGAUCUAAUGUCUGCAACUACACUGGGGUUUUCUGUGCUCCUGCACUCGAUAACCCUAAGAUCCGAACCGUCGCCGGCAUUGAUCUCAACCACGGUGACAUUGCUGGGUACUUGCCGGAGGAGCUGGGACUGCUCGUUGAUCUUGCAUUGUUCCACAUAAACUCCAACAGGUUUUGUGGUACUGUGCCACACAAGUUCGAGGCUCUGAAGCUUUUGUUCGAGUUUGAUAUCAGCAACAAUCGCUUCGCCGGCAAGUUCCCGGCGGUGGUCUUGAAGCUCCCGCAGCUCAAGUUCCUGGAUCUGAGAUUCAAUGAGUUCGAAGGGACUGUGCCAAAAGAGCUCUUCGACAAGCCAUUGGACGCCAUCUUCAUCAACCACAACCGGUUCAGGUUCGAUCUUCCCGACAACUUCGGCAACUCCCCGGUGUCCGUCAUCGUGCUAGCCAACAACAAGUUCCACGGCUGCGUCCCUUCCAGCCUCGGCAACAUGUCCAACCUCAACGAGAUUAUCAUGAUGAACAAUGGGUUCAGAUCCUGCCUGCCUCCGGAGAUUGGUCUGCUCAAGAAUUUGACCGUCUUCGAUGUGAGUUUCAACGAGCUGUUGGGCCCAUUGCCGGACAUGUUCGAUAAAUUGGUGAGCAUUGAACAGCUCAACGUGGCACACAACUUGCUGUCGGGCAAAAUCCCUCCAGGUAUCUGUAAAUUGCCGAACCUUCAGAACUUCACCUUCUCGUAUAACUUCUUCACGGGCGAGCCACCGGUGUGCUUGAGCCUUCCGGACUUCAGUGACCGGAGGAACUGCUUGCCCAAUAGGCCGGCCCAGAGGUCCGCCAAGCAAUGUAAGUCGUUCUUGUCCAAGCCCGUGGAUUGUAGCUCCUUUAGAUGUACUCGUUUCAUUCCUGCUUUGCCUCCGCCUCCUCCUCCCUCGCCUCCUCUUCCAUCACCUCCGCCUCCGGUUUUCACACCACAAUCACCACCGCCACCACCACCACCUCCACCUCCACCACCACCAGUUCUCUCUCCACCUCCACCUUCCCCACCACCACCUUCACCUCCACCGCCACCACCACCAGUUUAUUCACCACCACCACCACCACCACCACCACCACCACCACCUUCACCUCCACCACCCUCACCGUCACCACCGCCACCACCACCUCCAUCUCCACCACCGCCCUCACCGCCGCCACCUAUUCCUUACUGUGUGCGCUCCCCACCGCCACCGCCACCUCCUUUGUUCUCCCCACCUCCACCUCCUUUGUUCUCCCCACCUCCACCAGAUACAUAUUAUAAUCCACCACCUCCGCCUCAACAUUCGCCACCGCCACCACCGCCACACUCACCGCCCCCACCUCCACAUUCACCUCCACCACCUGUUUACCCCUACUUAUCACCACCACCGCCUCCAACUCCUGUCUAUUCUCCACCUCCCCCAGUGUAUUCACCACCUCCUUGUAUAGAACCGCCCCCACCUCCACCACCACCAUGUGUAGAGUAUUCGCCGCCACCACCGCCACCAGUUCAUUACUUGCCACCUCCAUCGCCCUCGCCCCCACCCCCACCCCCACCCCCACCUACAGUGUACAAUUCGCCACCCCCACCAGUUCACUACGAAUCUCCUCCACCCCCACCAGUUCACUACGAAUCCCCUCCACCCCCACCAGUUCACUACGAAUCCCCUCCACCACCACCAGUUCACUAUCAUUCUCCGCCCCCACCAACUUCUUCACCACCACCACCACCAGUUCCAUGUGAACAUCCACCGCCUGCUCAGUCACCACCACCGCCAAUUGUUUAUGAAAGCCCACCGCCUCCCACUCCAGUAUACGAGGGGCCAUUGCCACCAAUCAUCGGAGUCUCAUACGCAUCUCCUCCGCCACCGCCCUUCUAUUGAUUCUUUUGAGACUUUCCCCCUUAACCUUCCAUUAGUCACAAUCAAUACUCACAUUUAUAGUUGCGGCCAUUGCUUUUUUCUCCUCUUCCCGUGGUCGGGGUUCAUCUCCACUGGUUCUUCUUCCUCUUUGGGCAAUUCUCGUCGCUCAUGAUACAAGACAAUGUAAAAGGGUAUGUGCAACUCUAGGAAUUAUCUUCUCCAGCAAUGUUCUUGCUAUGGAAAUUUUGAAUGUUGUUGAAGAAACAGAGAAGAGGUGAAAGAUAGAGAGGGAGGUAAGAGGAAAAAGUCUCUCCAGUAUUUAUUUGAAUUGUUAUGGAUAUUUGAGUUGUGAAAUAAAAUUUGGCAGAGGAAGAAUUAGGGUUGCAGAGAAAGUGUAUGUAUAGGGAUGAAAAUUUGGAGACCAUAAUUCAGGUGCUACAGAGAUGGCAGCUCUUUCUGCUGCUGUUGCUGGUUUGUGGGAUUUUAUUGUUAUUGUCUCUCUUUUAUAUCAUACUUUUGUUUCUUA